UUCAUGAGAGCAUAUAAUUGACUCAAAUCUUAGGCAGAUCGCCGAGUAGAUUAACGUCAUCAUAAUUGAGCCAAAUAAGUAUUCUGAAAUCGCUCGAGUGCUGGUCGUAUGUCAUUAUAGAGAAAGCAUAUUCUCUACCCACAAGUAGAGAGCUGAGAGAAACCUUAAGCCCUACGCCCAAGGAACAAGUUCAGACCAAGACCAUUAUGAUGAAAUCCCUUGUCCUACCUGUGGUCUUAGGGCUAUGGGGUCCAUUGUCCCUUGGUUCUCUGGCCACAAAGUUGCAGAAAUUGCUGAAGAAGUCUAGUUCAUUUGUGCCAGCUGCUUCGGGAGAUGGUGAACAAGUUCCUCGCGAAACGGUCACUGAAGCGCACCAAGCACAACUCGCAACGCCUCUGCUCGCUCAACCAGCUGGUGGAUCUGCUUAUGGGGGCAGUGCACAAGCUCCACCAGGUGCUCCGUAUGUUCCCUCCGUUGGCGGUAGUGCGGCUGUGCCUGCAAGUAGUGUUGGAGGUAGCGCUGCUGCACCUAUGGGAGGCACUGCCGGCUCCUCGACCGAUCGUGGCUUGGUCCUCCCACCGACACCAGGCAAAGGACCAAGAAAGGGCAACAUUGCAUAUUAAGACUUCUCGCGAAAACCUCUCUCGUUCUUGGAGAACGUACACCCUGAAGCAGGCUCUGCAACGUCUGUUAGAAAGAACGUGUCUUAGAAAGUGUGUAGGAAAACACCUCUUCUUAGAAAGUGUGUAAGAGAACACCUCAGAGGCUCUGCAACGUGUGUUAGAAAGUGUAAGAGAACACCUCAGAGGCUCUUCUAGUGUGUUCGUCUUCUCUAAAAACAAGAUAGAAGAUUUUCGCACUUCUAAGCUCCUGUCUCAGCAGAAGAUGGUGCCGCUGCUCAGAUUGCUGCUGGAACCUUGGUCACUGGAGAAACGCCUAGAUCCAAAACCAUAGAGGAGGACUCGGACGCCGAGAUGGAGGAGUAUAUGCGUCAUUACCAUAAUCACCUGAAUAUGAAAGCUGGACGUGAGCCUGCGGCUGGGAGUUAUGGAAAAAUAAUCUACACUACUAUAAUAUUGUAGCAUGAGUACUAGGGAGAGCAUGAGUGUAAGGGUAGUUGCUGCCCUCCCUCCCGAACUCGGUACAUUAUAAAUCACAGUAUCCAGCAUCCCCAAAAGAACCUCUCGCUGCCUUUUUCUCCCUUCAUCUCCUCUCCGGAGCAGCUCACGCGGUCGUGACCACGUAUGCAGCUGGAGAUGAGUCGCCUAGGUCCGAGACAGCCGCCCUAACUGAUCCUGCAGCAAAUGUCCGUCGUAGGAGUCAGGAUUUGUCCAUGAGCAUCGACCGUUUUGUCUUGGAGCAGAAUACGAGAGACCAGUACGAUGCAGUGUCGACGAAGUAUUUGCUCAUUGUUUGAUGAUUAUCUGAUUUUCUUCGUUUGAGAAGAUAUUGCGUCCUUUGGUCUUCCACGGUCCACCUCGUUAUUCGAUCACUUAAUACUGUGAAUACCCGUAUGAUCAUCUUACUGAGAAUAACUGUAUGCCAGAGUCGUGAGUAUCAUAAUUAAAUCCUUGCCCAGAACGACUCCAUCGUCCCCUCAACCAAUGACAGGGAACGCGCUCGCCGUUUUGCAAGCUUCCUCCGUAACGAUGUUCUGAAUGGCAAAAUUAUUGCCACGUUGUCGACCUUGGCUUUAGGUUCGAUUAUGGCACAUAUCUUGGAACCAGAAGUGACCGAUAAACCGAUUACGGGUCCCUUGGUCCAACUAGGGUUUUCGAUUCCCUUCUACUCGGUGCUGGCGUUGGGGGAUUACUGGGUACUAUCUAUUUUUUCUCCUUGUACUCCUGGGAUGAUGCUUUAUUUCAUCUGAGUGAUCAUUUUACCAUAGUACCAUGUGGCUUUUGUAGAUUUGCAGUUUUGUAGUUUGCCGUGGCUUAAAUAUCGUGGCUACUUGAAGACACCCCACCACGACCCAAACCCUUACAGAACACGAAAGCCGAUCCGAAGUUGCAAAUCGUCAGGAAGAAGUACGCAGAGCUCGAAGGCAAGGUCCAGGAUUUGAAGGUAGUGCGGAAUAACCUACGCCGUUGGAGGAACGAUGUUGAAUGGAUCGCACGUGGGGAAAAAUUGGGUCUCUUUGACGACGGAAGCAAUGAAUUGUCGGUAUUGAAGAUUUUUUCUAGGCUGAUGAUGAUGAUGAUAUACCCAGUAAACUUCGUGUCUACGGGUGUGAGAAGAUACUUAUAAGUAGAAGAUACUGUCGUGUGCCUUUGUAGUGUGUGUUGAGUACAACUGCAACUAUUUGCAGUGGUAAAAAAGGGACUAUGGAAACAGAGAUUGGCUCAUGUCACCGUGACUAGGUUAGAAAGAAGCGGCACCUAUGGCAGUGGCACAACUACUGCUAAGAUCAAUUGCAACUGCUUCUGACUCAGGUCCAGCACCUAGAUCAAUUGCAACUGCUUCUGACUCAGGUCCAGCACCUGGUCAACCUCAACAGCAGUAGGGAUUCGCUUCCGAAUUUGAACAUUAUUCAGCCAGCGAAGCGCGCUCUUAGCAACAUUGUCGCUGGAAAAGGUAUAAAGGGCGAGAUCCAGCCACAUCCGACUUUUAUGAGACGAUUGAGGCUAAGUAGAUGAAGUAAUGGUCGCAUUGAGAAGUAGGGAGAGGAUAAUGUCAUGUCUAGUAGAGGACUAACGAAAUGUACUUAUUCAUCCUCAAGAGACUUGGUGUCUGAUAAAUCCUCUCCAUUGCCAUUCAUCCCUGGAGCUUGCCCUUCCCCUCUCCUAUGCUCUAACUUUCCCUUCCCCUCUUCGAUGGGCGCACAUCCGAUGGAACAGCUUUCGAGUGCGGUGCAUCCUGGGCCUGCCACCGGUGCCUUAGACCCAGUAAGGAAGUACUGGUUCACGCACAUGACGGAGGACAAGAAGAACGAAUGGCGGAUCAAACUUCAGGGCUAUGCAAAGCGAGUCAACAAUGCUCUGGCUUUCGAAAACAGGAUCACGCAGGAGGUACUUCUUCCUUUGAGGUGAUGUGAACGGGAAGAUAAUGCAAGAAGUAUUAUUUUUAGACGUGGCUUGUUUUGCUCUUGAUGAGGACAUACAUAUUUUUUGUUCUAGUUUCUUGUUUUUGAUGCGAAAAACAGGAGGUCUUAUACGACGAAUGGAUUUGUUGUUGAUGAUAGGACAACUUUUUUUGUGACUUGCGGGAUUAUGAUUAAAGGAAAUGGUUGGUGAGAGAGAGAUGAUAGCAUUAUCACGGUAGUGUUGAUUACUUAUAACAAUUCAGAGCGGAAAGCCUCGAGGAAAGAGAGCACUAAUGUCUUGGUACUCUGGCAGCGCAAUCCCAUAAUAAGUCAUGAUUUCGAUUUCGUCGAAUGCCAGCUCUUAAAAAUCUUGGCAACCAUAACGAGAGCCAAACCACAUCACGCUACCCGCAUAUCCUCCACACAAUACAGAUCGAAGAAGAAUUCUACCUACAGCUGGCCCUUAUCGACGAGAUGCGAGCACGCGCAGUUGGAGAGUACCUGGCCCGCUGCGAGGAGGAGCAAGAACAAGAUUCUGAUUCUGAUUCUGAAGUUGAGGCUGAGGAUGCAGAAUCCCAACAGGCCCGGGAGGUGAUUGAGAAGCUCACACCUGCCCAGGAGGAUGAGCUGAGUGACCUGAUUGCGGGAUGCUCGGCGAAGACCAAACUGUUAUGAGGGAUUACGCAGUUGUGCUUCAGGAACAUGAAAUUCUCGGUAUAAUUUAUCAAGCUCUACUAUCCCUAGUCCAUCAAGUUACGGGGGUGUAGUAGUUUUUUUUUGUCUUGAUAUAUAAGCUCUAAAACUUAAUUGCCUCCGACGCAACUGGCGAAAAUUCUGGGCUUGUGGUACUGCACCGGCGAAAGCGGCAGACGGGGAGCACACUUUCCAGACGUUGCAGCAAGAUUUUAUGGGUGGUGAUGGCUAUUGACGUCAUAUUUAGAUCGUAUAGAACGUUGUUCACAUGACUCACAUGUAGAACGUGACGUCAAAAUUGUGAAUACGUUGUCCUGGUUUCUAAACUGUAUCAGAGACUGUCCUUGCCUACAACGCAUUAAAGUGUGCCUGUCCUCUCCCUCUUCCUUGCACCCGAACCCAACAACAAAGUAGUAUACCCACUUUCAUAUUCCUGUACCCGAUCACUGAUGAGUUCCAUGAUGCAGUUGCUGACGCCACCGUGACUGGCCGCGUCGGCUACAAGACUGACAAUGGCCAGCGACUCCUGUGGGCAGGUAAGAAGUCGGCGCUGACGAUGCUGUCGAAGGUCAGAGCCAAGGAGACGAUCGCCAAUAUCCAAUUGAUUUUGGAUGCAAUGGAUCACACAGCCUAGGUUGGAGUUUGUUGAGGUGCAUGGAGAUGUUUGGGACUGCGGGGAAGGGGAGUAGAAAUUUCAGUUAGUUAGAGAGAAUAGGCGAGAUGGGAUGUUGAAGAUUUUUUUGGUAUAAAGUUCUUCCUCGACCGUACAUGGCUUUUUUUAUGAACCAGUAUGGGGUUUAGAUUUCUUUCAGUACUCUUAUAGCAUGCAAAAAUUUAGUACACUCGUUGAUGCUAUGCGUUCAACGAUGUUCUGCUCAUGUACCAAGUUGAUUGUGGGGUCGUUGAGGGGGUAAUGGCUCCAAUGGUCAUGUGUAUCAUCUAUAAUACAGUUAUUUUUAACAACAGCAGCAUGAAUAGCCACAAAUAGAACGACCAUAUUUGAUUUUGUAACAGAGAAUACGAUAUUCGUACGUCUUAAGAUGACUUUAUCAUUUCCGCCUGCCAAAUAGGAAAGUUCAAAAAAACUUCACCAAUUACUUGAAAAUACAGUCACAAUCCGAUUUAUCAUGAGAAUAUAUCCUAGUCCUGUGAAAGAACAUCGAAAUCUAUCUAGAUUUAGAAACACUCAGUCAUUGUCCACACAUUUAAAGACUUUGUCAAUGCGUUGCGCUCUAACAUACGAUAAUCACAUACUACUCGCUCGUUGACAGUCGUCAGAGGACUACUCACGUCUGAAACUACAUUGUCAUACAUCGCAUCUGAUGAAACAAGGCAUACCAAGACUCUUCAGGCGAACAACCUGUCAUUUGGUUGAUGAGACUUUUUGAAAUAUCUCAGAAGUACGAUAUUCGUGUCGACGUGGUACUAUCUCGCCUUGCCGUAGUUCGUAAGCACAUGCGGAUCCUUCACACUCGUUUUCUCACGCCUUCUGACGUAGUACGAACUCGCAUAAAAAUCGCUUACUGUGUCUCAUUCGACUGAGCAGUUCGGUGGACUUAAUCUUUUGAAAAAACAUGCUAGUUGAAGCAUUUUGAUGGUGUAUCCCCAAUCCUCCUUACAACGUACUCUUGAAAACAUUGACAUUUAAAAGAAACAACCGUUGCG